CCAGUCACCGGGGGUCGGGCACAUGUCUCCCUGCCUCUCAUGUUUCCUCUCACUCUGUUCAAACCUCCGAGAGGGAAAAAGAGGGACAGCCCCUCUCUUCACUCGUCUCUGUUCGCUCUGCCAGCAGGCUGAUCUCUGUGUGCCGGGGUCCGCACCGCAACUUCUGGAGAAUAUCCUGCAGAGACACGUCAACACUGCAUGUUUUAUUGUAUAACCAGCAAAGAGACACAUCUGCAGUAGAGUAACAGCGGUGGUGCAAGAGAUGUCCUGCGUGCAGAAUAUGAGCACCUCACCCCCCCACAGAGACCUGUAACCAAUGGCAACCUCUGUCCAAACUCUUCCUUUGACCCGUGGCCCCAACAAAAACUUCCGUAACCCGUUGCCCCUCUCGUCCCGGUGCGGCAUGGGAAGUGUAGGCAGCCUGGUGGAGAGGCCAGAUGUGUCCCCGACUAAAGGCAGCCGUGCAGUGCCCCAGGUGAGACCCAAACAGACCAACGGCCUCCUGAAGAAAGGCUUCACCCAAAGAGAGCUACUCAACUACCUCAACAUCACCAGAAAAGAGCCCAAAGCAAGCGACGCUAAGAAGGACGUUAUUAGCUCUGCCAGUGGCCGAGAGGAGGACAACUUAUACGCCAAGGUCUACCAUAAAGACGGCACCGAAGUAGAUUUGACAAAGAAUUCACUGCCAAGUGGGGGCAAGUAUGAAAAGGCUCGUUUAAGGUCUGCCUUUAAGCCUGUCACCCCCAAAAACUUCAGCUCCAUGCAAAACCUCCAUCCGUCUUCCAAGUCGGAGGAUGCGGACCAUGGCCUUUCCAACGGGCUGCACAGAGCCUAUGCCCAUGUCCCCAAAGCCGUCUCCACCUCUUCCUCCUCUUCCUCACCCUCCCGUCAUGGAGGACCGACAUCCAGUGGUAACAAGGCCCUCUCCUCGGUGCGUGGGAUGAGCCAGGAGGAUGAUAACCUGUCAGACUCGGGCCAUAACUCCAUGAGCAGCCUGCCACCGUACCGGCCCCCCUUCCGCCCACACCUGUCUCACAUCAGUGCAUCUAUGGGCCAGAUCAACACCAUCGGCUCCCUGGACCGUACCUCUCUGGGCCCGAAGGCUGUAGGGCCAGGGGGAAUGGCCAUAGGAGAGAUGGCGUGUCGGAGCAUGGCAACCCUGAGCCGUCUGGCUCCAUAUGGAGGGGAGGCCCCGCCUCCCUAUGAAUGGACACUCUCCCUGUCUGUUGAGGAAGUGGUCCGGGAUCUGGAGGAGCGCCUGGUGGAGAAAGAACACGAGCUGAAGCAGAUGAGGAGAAACCUGGAUGAGAGUGAGGGCGCCAUCGCUCAGGUGUUUGAAGGAAAACAGCGUCUGUGGGAGAAGGAGGUGGAGGAGCUGAAACGCCUGUAUGCCACCAAGCUGCGUCAGGUUUCCCAGCAUGCCCAGCGUUCCCAGCGCAAUCUGCAGUUGCAGCUGUUUAAGGCCCAGCAGGACAAGAACCGACUGCAGGAGGAGCUCGACAGCCUGAAUAGGGAAAGGAGCCAGGAGGCCGGAGCCAUGGCAAAGCGGACCAGUCCCACUCUGGAGGAGACGCAGUGGGAGGUUUGCCAGAAGUCAGGGGAGAUCUCCUUGUUGAAGCAGCAGCUGAGGGACUCCCAGGCGGAGGUGACCCACAAGCUGAGUGAGAUCUUCCAGCUGAAGACGCAGCUCAGGGAGACCCGCACAGAUCUGCGUAACAGGGAGGGCCAGAUAGAUGCUUUAAAGCUCGUCGUGCAGGGGACACAGCGCCGCAGAUGUCCCUCUCAGACCGCACACGAGGACGGAAAAGGAGCUGAAGAGAGUCCUUCAGCUGGGGCAACAGGAGGGUGCGGGGGCCCAACAGAGGAGCGUCUGCGCGCAGAGCUCCUGCUGGAGCGACGCCAGAGCGAGGCCCAGGCCACGGAUUUCGAGGAGGAGAGGCAGACGUGGCAGACGGAGAAGGACAAGGUCAUCCGCUACCAGAAGGAGCUGCAGGCCAGCUACUUAGAGAUGUACCACCGCAAUGAAGCGCUGGAGAGGGAACUGCACCAGCUGAGGGCCGGCAGAGAGCAAGGAGGAGGUGGAGGAGGUGGUGCAGGGAGCAGAAAUGGGACAUUGGAAACAGAAGGGCCAGAGCUGAGGAGUGAGAGAGCGGAUGAAAAACAAGACGACAGACCUUCCUCUGGUUUGCCAUGGAUAGACAGAAUUGAAUCAUCUGAAAUUUGAAUGUGACAGACUGACUGGAAUUUGCAAUGCAAAGUGUUUUACUCCCUGAACUUUGGUUUCUACUGACGCCCAUGUCAACUGGAGAAGGAAAAACAAAAUAGGCUCACUAUGUUAAAAUGAUGAGAUAGUGAGUCAAAAAGAUGUGACAGGUAAAAAAUACUGUACUCACAUAAUUUUGAACCAAGUCAGAAUUAUGAAAGAUAUCAAUUAAGUGAUUAUGAUUAAAUCAUUUUAGAAAAUCAGGAUGCUUUGUUACACAAAAUAAUGCAGUCCUUAGUCAAGUUUUUGAUCUACUACGUAAAAAUGAUCAGAUGCUAAGUUAAAACUUUGACAUUAAGUGUUUAUAACUUUCAUCUACUUUUCUUCUUCUCCUGGAGAAAAUGGGCUCCAAUAGAUUCCUUACCGUUUGCAAUUCCCUUGUUGACUGUUUAAUGAGCUGAUCCUGCAAAGACUGGACCAAUAACAUCCUAAACAACACACUAAUGCUGAGGGUAGCUGCACAGAGAUACUGUCUGUGCCUCAUAUGUCCUUGGCAACCCUAUAAAAAUACAGCCCAAACACCUAAACUAUUGUGCUUAAGACUACUUACCAAUUAUAAACUUGUAAAUGAGCAAAUUGAUAUCUUGAUUGUUACUAUUUUGUGUUAAUUUUAUUAAUAACUUUUGGAUUGGCCUGCUGUAUAGUCUUGACGGUAACCAAAGGAUUCAAAGGGAUUUAGUGUGGCCCAGUGACAUCUCAGCACCUGUUCAGUCUGUGCAGUAGGUUCUGUGCAUCUCUGGGUUAAGUAUCAAGGAUUAAAGCAACCUGGUGCCAAGGUACUAAGGCUGUGUCUUUGAGUCAAGAAAACUGUGUAUCAUAAUUAAGAAACUGGACUUUUCAGUUUCCAGCUCCUGUCAGGUGAGUUCCUUAUAUUUUGAACAUGUCAUUUUGAUUUGAUUGGCCUUUAGACAUGGUACUUCAAGCACACUGUUGUCUUAAUGGGCCUGUUUCCACAUCUUUUGAUUGCAAUGAAAGCAAUCGACAGAUAGUGAUGCUGAACAUAACUGCCCUGCUUAUUGGUGCGCAUAUCCAGCCAAUAACAACCCACUGCAUGGCAUAGGUGAAGUUGUAUUUGUAUUGUUUAUUUUUAAUAUAUGAACAUUCAAACGCCAGCUCUCAACCGACCCUUCAACAUACUGUGACUCUUGUCUAUUUACUGGAAUUAAAUCUGUACAGCCUAAAUAUAUAAAAAUGUCUGUUUUGGAUUCA